AUGGUUUCUCCUCCUAUUCACCUCUUCCACAGCUCCCGAUCCUACGCCGCCACUGCCCUUCACGAAGACAAACAAAAGCGCGGUAAAAAGUGGUUCACUCUACCUCCCUUCACUGACGCCAUAAACGGCGCCGCUUUGGGCCGAGAGCUCUCCCGUAGCGUCGGCAGAGACGUGUACGCUAAGACCUCCUCCUCCUCCUCCUCCUCCGCUGCACCGGCCACGACGGCGCUCAAAUGGAUCACCAGGUGCUGCCCGGAGAUCCCCAGAAGCCUUGUGCAGGAGCUCUUCCGGUUGAGACAGGUUAGAAGAGAAGCAUCGGAUCAGAGUGAUCAAGCACUUAAAAGGGUGGGAGCUAAAGACUUGAUGAACUUAGGGGAUCGAAUUUGUCUUCCUAUAUCGGUGAAAGAGUUUCCUGAUGAUAAGCAAGAGGAGGGACAUUGUAGUGAGGACGAAGUCAAGUUUAUCCGUAGCCUUGUGUUGUGUAAGGAUCCGGCUAUUAUUGUCAUCAGUAAACCCCCUGGAUUGCCUGUUCAGGGUGGUAUUGGAAUUAAAAGGAGUUUAGAUGAACUAGCUGCCUCUUGUUUGAAUUACGACUGCUCAGAACCCCCUCGUCUGGUACACAGACUUGACAGGGACUGUAGUGGUAUCCUUGUGAUGGGGCGAACACAAAUAAGUGCAACAGUUUUGCAUUCCCUCUUCUGUGAGAAAACUUUUGGAGCUUCAGAUGAUGUUUUUGACCACGCUGAAGGUAUUCUGCAAAGAAGGUAUGGCAGUCGGGCACUUGUCAUUGGAUCUCCCAGACAACAAGAGGGCUUAAUCUCAGUUCCUUUAGGAAAGGUGGUGGUUGACAAUGGUAAAUCAGAUAGAAUCACCAUUGUGAAUAAAGCACAAUGUUUGCCUUCCCAACAUGCAAUUAUAAAGUACAAAGUGAUUGGAUCAUCAUAUCUUGGUUUCACAUGGUUAGAGCUAAUUCCACUUACCGGUCGAAAGCACCAGCUACGUGUACACUGUGUGGAAGUUUUGGGAACACUAAUAGUUGGCGACUACAAAUAUGGGUGGCAAAAGCACAAGGAUUGGAAACCUGUUGCUUGGUCUAAGAUUGAAUCUCAUUCCAAUGAGGAGAUUUCAAAGAGAAAAAACCUUCCUUUUGAUCUGAAUAUGGACAGUGGAAGUAUCAGUGAAAAGAAUUUGCGCCUACAUCUGCAUUCUAAACAAAUUAUUUUGCCUAAUGUGUUUAUGGCUAUGGAAAAUGUGAAACUGCAUGCUGAGUGUGAUUUUUCAGGAGUAGAAAGACUAGAGUUGGCUACACCUCUGCCUUCAUACAUGCAAAGAAGUUGGGAUAUUACAAAUUCUGGUUCCGACCGCGGGGGGGGGGGGGGGGCAUUCUUAAGCUAA